UACCAUGUUCGGAUUAGGAAUGUUCGAUAUCGUAUCGAUUAUUCUGAAUAUCGAUAUAUCAAAGACAUAGAUACUUUACCCGCAAAAUCGAUAUCUCAAAAUCGAUGUAUGGGAAAAUACUAAAGUAGGUUUAAUCAGCAGCUUGUGGGAUUUAUUUAGCUCUUAAGCUUGACAAACCGCUUGAUUCGACCGGCAUGCCGUUUUAAUCCUCAGUAAAUAUACAAGAUGAAAAUAACACUGUCACCGCACGCACCCUUUAUGGGUAAAUUAUCGAUGGAAACUACGUUUACACAUCUUUAGUAAGAUGCACAUCUGCAGGUAUUAGUCCAUAAUUUCAUUUCUUGUGUAUUCUUUGUAAUUUUUCGUGUAAAAAUUACUGCAGUGCGCCAUUCUCCUUUGCUCUUUGUAUGCAUAUUCGCUUGAUCCUUCGUGUAAAACCGUUUGCGCAAUGGAAAUAAAAGGUUUCCACCAGCAUUAGCGCGCACAAAUAUUUUGUUAGCCGUCGUCAAGCAAAGGAGAAAGACACACUGCGAAAUAAACCGCGCUAUAUUUUAUCGAGCCCGAUUUUUGGUUAAGUUCGCCAGCACUUUAUUAUUGGAUUCGGCGGGUAACAAGCUUUAUUUCGCAAUCGCAGUAUAAUUUGAAAAAGCUUUCGUUUGCUGUUUGUGCAUAAUUUACGUUUAUCGCAGCAGCAGGUUCACUUUUAUUGCAAAUACUUAAAGCGACUUUGCCAAACGUCACAUUUGCAUCCCUCCAUCGUUUUUAUUGUUUUUUGUCUUGGAAGAUGACACGUGAACUUCCACGCCGAUGCACCCGCUCAAAUGCGGAAAGCGAUUCCAACAACGCCACCAGCCAAGCCUGCAGUGAAAGCAAUACCACUGCAUCAAACGCCGCUUCAACCGCCGAAGUACUUAUUACUUCGACUACCAGCGGAGCCCCAGCCAGGGCCUCUACAAUUACCGUCGGAAAUGUUAAUACCCCGCGAGGGAUUUUAGCGAUGCUGCUCAAGCUCCCGCUGGAGCCACGAAUAACCUCCCGGCUAUGGAAGCCAGUACUGUAGCUCCAUCUGCCGUCGGAGCUGCUAAGGUUGCCUCAGUGAGGGAACACAUUAAUACUGCUCCCAAUAUGACCGGAGCCAUCAAGGUUGUCCCAGCCAGGGAACCAAGCAAUGCCGCCCCUUCUGGCACUGGAACCGUCAAGAAGGUUCCUACCUCCACAGCGUCUGGAGUACCCAAAGGCUCCCCAACCGUCAAAUCUCGACCAGAAAAUGAUCUCUUGGCAUUGGAAAGGCGAAUUGCUUUGCUGGAAAGAAUGCUAAAGGAACGUGAUACGCAGUUCGAAAUGAUGAAACUGGCGCUCCAAGGUAACAGUGCUAACGGUAGCAGCGCUCCCGCGAUACACAGCGACGUCGCAACGCAGCCGUCCCCUACGUUGUCGUCGACAUAACCGCAAGCUACGUAGCCGUUAACUGUGCAUACAUAUGCGGGGCCAACAGUCGCCGAAUCCCGUUAUCUGCCGCCAGUCAGUACAGCUACCGUGUACAGUUCACCGCAUAAUAUGAAUGCUACCUCAACUGUUCCUGUUGUUGAGCCAAUUUCUAACCGUUCGUCUCACGUUCCCUUCCAGUCCGCUUCUGCCUAUACGGGUUAUGGGAAUAUGCAAUUCUUGCCACACGAUCCUAGGGUGUUAAGCAAGAUUAUUGACUUGCCAGAAUUUGGUGGAAAGGCUGAGGACUGGCCUAUAUUCCAUGCAGUCAACAGCAGCAUACGGCUACAGCAACUUCGAGAACAACCAGAGGCUACGGAAGUGCUUGAAGGGCGAGGCACGCGAAGUUGUGAAAUCGCUGCUCAUUCAUCCCAACAACGGCAGCUGCAUCAUCGACCAGUUACAGUUCAGGUGUGGCCGGCCGGAGCAGCUGAUACGCAGCCAGUUGGGUCAAGUGCGCGAGAUUGCUCCCAUUUCCGAAAAUGCGAUCGGGAAACUGAUACCAUUCGCCACGAAGGUGAAGAACAUUUGCGUUUUUCUCCAGUCUGCCAAUGGUGAAUAUCAGCUUUCUAACCCAACUUUUCUCGAUGAGCUCAUUGGAAAAUUACCUGUGAGUAAGCGGAUUGAAUGGGGUACCUUUGUAUCUACAAUCAAGCCUCGGGCCACUGUGGUGCACUUUAGCGAAUGGGUCAGUUCACUUGCCAACGUGAUAUGCAUUGUUUAUGACGAGGAGCAUGGACGAGAUUCGAAGCGUAGAGUGGUCCUACAUGUAGAUAAAAAGCAGCAUUCGCGAAGAUGCCCAAUCUGUGAAGGUGCUCACACAGCUAUUGAGUGCAAACGUUUUAUCGAGUCAACAGUAGCAGACCGAUGGAAGGAAGCAAAAUUACGUCGCUUAUGUUUCGCCUGCCCGCAAGCCGGUCACUCGACACGUGAUUGCCAUUGACGGAAACCGUGCUCCAUCAAUGGGUGCCCUCGAAUACACAACAAAUUGCUUCAUGAGGUUUCAGGCAGAAUGAAUCAAGAAUGAUAGAAUACAAGAUUGCGCCGAUUGCAGCAGAAUUCGUGAGAGUAAUUUUGGAGUGGUGACUGAGAGCCGAUUAGAGGUAUUUCCAUCGGCGCCACCUUCUGUAUUCUCUCCACCGUGAGUAUGAAUAACUCGCAGUCAGAACUAGCACCGAGUCGCAAUAGGGGUGAAGCACCAUCGCAGCGUGCGGCACGCCAACAGCACAGCAAUAGUCAUACGCCAGCGCAACAAGUACCUCAACGCCAGCAUUCAUCGAGUGACACAGAAGCUGCAGUUCUAACCUGCUCCGCUAACGCAUUUGAAGGUAAGCUGUUGUUUCGUAUACUACCGGUCACUUUAUAUGGAAAGCACAAGAGCAUCGACACAUACGCAUUGCUGGGUGAAGGUUCCUCAGUCACGUUUCUGGAUAACAGACUAGCCCUGGAGUUGGGACUGCAAGGACAACAACAGCGCCUUAACAUACAAUGGUUUGGUGGUCGCUCAGCGCAAGAGCCUUCGAUCUUGGUAAGCGUGUCCAUUAGUGGAUGCGGCAUGAAGACGAAGCACACGCUUCGAAACGUGUAUGCGGUGUCGAAUCUACAGUUGCCUUCACAAAGUUUAUGCAGAGCAGACUUACACUGUGACGACAAGUACAAGCGUCAGUUGCCAGUUCAGCCAUACAUCGGGGUGAUGCCAAAGCUUCUCGUUGGUCUCGACCACUGCCACUUAGGCCUGCCGUCAACUACUUUGAAGAUGAGAACAUAUGGUCCCUUCGCCGCCAACAACGAAUCAACAUACGAAUCAACGAACAUAUCAAUUCUGCGAGCGAUGAAUCCCUGCAUGACCUGGUUGCUAGCUACUUUGCUGUCGAAAAUUUCGGGGUGAGCUCAUCACCAGCAAUCGAGAGCACAGCUGACAGUCGUGCCAAGUCUAUUUUAGAUUCGGUCACACGUCGGGUUGAUGGUAGAUUCCAAACAGGUCUUAUCUGGAAGCGAGAUGACUUCUAUCUGCCUAAGAGUUACUUCAUGGCGAUAAAGAAACUUGUGGGUAUCGAGAGGCUCAUGAGCCGAGACGCAGGCUUCGCAGCAGCUUACAAAGCAACGAUGGACUCCUAUAUUGCAAAGCGGUAUGCACGAAAGCUCGACCCAUCGGAAGCCUCAGUGGUAAAGCCUCACACUUGGUAUUUACCACAUUUUGUCGUGGUGAAUCCCAAUAAGCCAUCGAAGAUACGUAUGGUGUUCGACGCGGUAGCUGAGGUCAACGGCGUCUCUUUAAACUCCGUGCUGCUGAAGGGUCCGCAAGAGUAUCGGUCUCUGCCGUCGAUUCUCUUCCAUUUUCGCGAAGGAGCAGUCGGAGUAUCUGGGGACAUUAAGGAAAUAUUUCACCAGGUAUUGAUGCAACCCGAAGACAGGUGCGCCCAACGAUUUCUUUGGCGCAACGGCGAUAGUAGUAGGCAAUCGGACGUAUACCAGAUGUGCGUUAUGACCUUUGGCGCUGCUUGCUCGCCAUGUGCAGCGGACUAUGUCAAAACUGGAAACGCGCUCGAGCAUGGCAUUAAUGUCACAAGCCGAGCGGUGCAAUCAAUAUUGGCCUACCACUACGUCGACGACUUCGUUGAUGCUUUCGACUCGCCUGCAGAAGCCAUCUCCAUCGCGCAAGAAGUUCGAGCCAUUCAUCUGGACGCCGGUUUCGAGCUCCGAAAUUUGGCUUCAUAUUCGCCAGAGGUAGUUGCAGCUUUGGGUGGCGCAGAAGUCCCGAAAUUAAUUGCUAGCAAAGAAAGUCUGGCGACUGAGAAGGUCCUCGGUCUAUAUUGGCAGCCGUCAACAGAUGAAUUUCAAUUUAAUUUGCAUUUUAACAAAGUUGACCCUCAAGUAGUGAACGGUGGCAAACGCCCAACCAAACGUGAACUCCUAAGCGUGGUUAUAUCAGUUUUGGACGCGUUCGCCGCCGUCGCCUACUGGAGGGUAGUCAACUAUGAGAAGGAGGUGAGUGUUAGUUUCGUAUGCGCGAAGACUAAGUGCGCUCCGCUGAAACCGCUCACUAUACCGCGACUAGAGCUGCAAGCAGCCGUCUUGGGAACCCGCUUAAUGCAGACAAUUCGUGAAGAGCACUCCGUCGUUGUAAAUGAUUGCCUUCUUUGGAGCGACUCUUCAACAGUGAUGAAAUGGAUUCGCAGUUUGCACCGACGAUACAAGCCCUUCGUACAGAACCGAGUGGCUGAAAUACUAGCAUCUACAAGCGUCUCCGACUGGAGGUGGAUACCCACUGCGCCGACGAAGCCACACGUUUCAGCAGUCAAGUCGACUUUACCCCAACUGCCCGCUGGAUUCAGGGUCCACCAUUUCUACGCCAAGAAGAGUGCUACUGGCCCACUGCUGAGAUCAGCAUCACUCAAUAGGGAGAACUCGAUGAGGAGCUGCGACAAAAAUAUGCCAUGGUCAUCGUGAGUAGUCGCCUUUUAGAUUUUGAUCGUUUUUCUACAUUCAACAGAUUGGUGAGAACGGUAGCUUGGGCUCUUCAUUUCAUCAACCUAUGUCGCCAUCCUAACUCAGCCAAACGUCGCUAUGGCCUGACAGCACCUGACGUUGAAGCAGCGAAGCUACUCAUAUGCCGCCUUGUACAGAACGAACAUUUUGGCCCCGAGAUUGAGCGUAUUACGAAAGUCCGAGAAGUCUCACGCAACAGCUCACUACGUCAGCUAUCUCCAUAUGUUGACGAGAAAGGUACGCUUCGUGUUUGUGGACGUAUUGACGCAGCUAGUUGGCUUCCGAUGAGCGCCACGCGAACAUACGCUCAACUGUUUCCUGAUCGAGGCUGAAAAUGUCAUCAAUUCGCGCCCACUUACUCACUAGCCAAUUUCGGUUGACCAGGAGCAGCCGCUAACACCCAACGAUUUUUUGUUAGGAUGCGAUAACACAGUGCUAACUCCAGUUGCAGCUGAUGUACUAGAAGGUACAUGUGCCUUGCGUCAACAGUGGCGUAUUGCCCGACAAUUAAGGGAUCACUUCUGGAAGCGUUAGGUAUCGGAAUAUUUGCCUACAUUAAUGAGGCGAGUUAAAUGGUGCGAAAGGACAACGCCAUUAAAGGAGGGUGAUCUCGUCUUUAUUUGCGAUCCCAAUGUGCCGCGUAGAGAAUGGGAACCUCCACCGGCAUCAAGCAGCGUGCUGUUUCCAAGGUUGCCGUCUUGGAUGUUGAAGUGGGUGAAUCGGACCGAUCCACGGGGGCGGGGAUGUCACCGAACGCUCCCUUUAUUGGUAAAUAAUUGAUGGAAACUACGUUUACACAUCUUUAGUAAGAUGCACAUCUGCAGCUAUUAGUCCAUAAUUUCAUUUCUUGCGUAUUCUUUGUAAUUGUUCGUGUAAAAAUUACUGCAGUGCGCCAUUCUCCUUUGCUCUUUGUAUGCAUAUUCGCUUGAGCCUUCGUGUAAAACCGUUUGCGCAAUGGAAAUAAAAGGUUCCCACCACCAUUAGCGCGUACAAAUAUUUUGUUAGCCGUCGUCAAGCAAAGGAGAAGGACACGCUGCGGUGAGUAUAUUUGCGUUUAAAAUUGUCAAACUGUGAAUCUUAUAAAUUCCUUUACAUAGAAGUAAACCGCGCCAUAUUUUAUCGAGCCCGAUUUUUAGUUAAAUUCGCCAGCGUUUUAUUAGUGGAUUCGGCGGCUAACAAACACAAUUAGGUGAGUUGAUAGGCAGGUCUAAUGUUCUAUUCAAUUGGAAGUAAGAUUUUCAACAUCGAUUUUUCCGAUAUCGAUAUUGUUCAGCCCGAUAUAUCGCCAUAUUGAUUUUACAUGCAAUGAACUAAAUCGAUUCAUGAUAUCGAUACUUUCUUAAAUAUCGAGCAUUCCUAGUUCGGACUGACAACGAAA